CUGUGUGGUCAUGAUACCUCUUCUAGUCCUCAGUCUUCACAAAGUGGCCAGCGCCCCGGAGUCUCUGUUUGCCUUAGAGAAACACUCUGUAACCUUUAACAUGAAGACAAAUGACAACCUGGAUCCAGAUGUUGCCAUAUGGACCUUUAAUCAAUCAAGUGAUGUUGUCAGGUAUUACCCACAUUAUCCUAAAUCUCGCCAGCUAAGAGUCACAGACCCUUACAAGGGCAGAGUAGAGUUUAAUCGCACCACAUUCUCUCUGGAGCUAAAGAACUUGAUGAAGAAUGACAGUGGACUCUACAUAGGAGAGAUCAAUGAGUGGGCAAAGACUGUUGUUGGAUACAGGCUUUUUGUUUAUGAACAAGUAUCUGCCCCCAUCUUGACUGUUGGGCCUGUCCUGUCCAGUGGUGACCUCUGUAACAUGACGGUGACAUGUACAGCUGGUGACCUCUCUCUGACCUCCAUCUGUAACAGCAGCACCUGCAUACAGAAGAAAUUGACUGCGUCCUCAAGCCUUGCCAUCUUUAUUAGAGAUGGUAUCAUUGUCUGCAACCAUACUAAUUCUGUCGGUUGGAAACAUGCCACAGUGGAAACUGAGGCUCAAUGCCGACGUAAACAAUGCCCAAGUGCCCUCUCUGUGUGGAUCUGGAUUGCUGUAGGAGGCCUUUGUGUUACCAUAGUUAUAGCUGGAGUGUGCUGCUGGGUCAAACGACUGGAGAAGAGAAACUACAGGGUCUCAGCUUUCUAAAGAGGUCAAGCACUUGAUGGUAGACUAGGCCCCAAAAGAGGUCAUGCGACCCCUUUUGUGAGUUAAGGGUAUUCUGCCUGAGGCAGUGAUGUCAGGAAUAUCCGACAGGAAAUGGACUAUGGCAAGAAAAUGCUGAAGGAUGUACAGUCUAUGUAUUGUAUUGACCAAUUAUCUUACUUGGAGUAGCCACAUGACUUGCGUAUGGUGUAUGGAUCACAUGCUAUGUCCAAGAAGUGCAUGUGUAUUGUUAUAUUUCUGCAUGUAUGGUUAGUUUUGGAAAAGACCAUUGUACUCAUGUGAUUUGUAUUACCACAAUGUGUAUACGAUAAAGACUCACCCUAGAGAACAUUGAGUAGUGUUACUGGAACAUGCUGUUGCCAGUGAAUUGCUCCUGGUAUCGUGAAUA